AUGGCGGAGUUGGUGAAGAAUAUGGAGUCUGUUUCUUUGUUGCCCAUUCAAUGUGUAGAGAGGUGGGAGACUAACCAUUAUCGCACCUUUCUCAAUACGUCAUAUCCAUUGUUUCAACUACUGUCUGCAAUAAGGAAGGAAGAAGCAGCAAGCAUGGCUUCCCACACGCCGAACCUAGAGUGCCAGAUAUACGAAACGCGGUACCUGGAUGUUAACAUGGCGAUGAUGAUCCAAGUGAAGAACAUCACCGACAUAGGUGUCUGCGCCUCUCUCCUCGAGUACAACAACAUCGAGGGCAUGAUUCUCUUCUCCGAGCUCUCCCACUGCCGGAUUCGGAGUGGCAGCUACCUCAUCAAGGUCGGACGCAUCGAGCAUGUCAUGGUCCUCAGGGUUGACAAGGAUGGAGAAUAUGAUAAGGAUAAAGACAGAAGGUGGAGCAACCAACAACAUCAUCACAUGGAAACAUGCAAAAACAACCCUUUGUUAUUGGCGGUGCUGGUGGGGCAACUUCUGGAUUCCUUUUAUCAUAAUCUAACCGAGGAGGAACUUAAACGUGUACAUGAGUACAACUUUAACCAUCUUGAGGCAUUGGACAUCGAGAAACUGUUAUCUUCAAUGGACAAGUUGAAGCAUGGGCAAGCAGUAGAUAUUCCAAACUAUGAUUUCAAAAGUUACAAAAAUAGUGUACUUGAAAUUCCCCCGCUUUGUUGA